GUAAGGGACGAUUUUAGUUUUUGUAAACAGUGAUUCUUUCGACCCAAUUAAUCAAAUAUCCCAUGUCUUAAACCCUUUGUAAGCCCUUCUACACACUGAGACGAGUUUCCCACAGCAGCAGCCAUGGCGCUUCUUGGCCACCGCUGCGCCUCCUUCACGCGUCGCAUGUCCACCAGUGUGAGCGCUCCCCUAUUAUGGAAGGCAGAAAACGAUGCCGUAACGACAGUCCAACUGCUGUCGUGGGGCAGAGGCGCCUCCGGUCAACUGGGCGGUGGGAUAGAAGAAAUGAGGCUGUACCCCUCCCCUGUUGCCACUCUCCACCUCCCUCCCUCCUUCAACCUCUGCCCGAUCCCAGGUCGCCUCUGCCUUCCUUCGGUUGAGAAUGCAAGUGGACUGACGGAGGUGGGCAUAUCAUGUGGCCUUUUCCACUCCUCAUUGGUGGUUGAUGGCAAGUUGUGGAUUUGGGGCAAAGGCGAUGGUGGACGCUUGGGCUUUGGUCACGAGUACCCUGCUUUUCUGCCUACGCUUAAUCCCAAUUUGGAUUCAAUUCGUUCUACUGCUCUUGGUGGCGUUCAUUCGGUGGCUCUCAGCUCGCUUGGCCAAGUUUUUACAUGGGGCUAUGGUGGAUUUGGCGCUCUUGGGCAUUCUGUUUAUCAUAGGGAACUUCUCCCUAGAAUGGUGGAAGGCUCUUGGAAUGCCAAAAUACGGCAUAUUGCAACUGCUGGGACACAUACUGCUGCUAUCACUGAAUCAGGUGAACUUUAUACUUGGGGUCGAGAUCAAGGGGAUGGUAGACUGGGCCUUGGUCCUAACUGUGGUCCAAAUGAGGGAGGUGGACUUAGUAUCCCUUCCAAAGUGAAAGCAUUACCUGUGCCUGUAGCUGCUGUUUCCUGUGGUGGUUUUUUCACAAUGGUGCUGACUCAGGAGGGCCAACUUUGGAACUGGGGAGCAAACUCCAACUAUGAGCUUGGAAGAGGUGAUAAGGUUGGAGGUUGGAAACCACAACCAAUUCCUAGCCUGCAGGAUGUUCGUAUCAUCCAGAUAGCUAGUGGUGGAUAUCACUCUCUUGCAUUAACAGAUGAUGGCAAAGUACUUUCAUGGGGUUAUGGUCAACAUGGUCAGCUGGGUCAUUCCUCCAUCGAAAAUCAGAAAAUACCUACAGUAAUUGAGGCUUUAGCUGAUGAGCAUGUCAUCUAUAUUGCUUGUGGAGGUUCAUCUUCAGCAGCUAUAACAGAUAACGGGAAGCUGUACAUGUGGGGAAAUGCCAAGGACUCUCAAUUAGGCGUUCCUGGGCUGCCAGAGACACAACCAUUGCCUGUUGAAGUAAAGUUUCUUAUGGAGGAUGAUAGAUUGGGACCACACAAUGUGCUAUCUGUUGCAGUUGGUGCAUCUCAUGCCAUGUGCUUGGUUUCAAGGUCAGGUUGUUAAAGAUCAGCUUGUUAAAGAUCAGCUUGUGGUUUAAGCUCCAUCACAAGAAGAGUCAGCAGACAUGGAUGAACCUUGUAGCUUGAAAUGACAUUAAAAUGGAUGCAUAGCAGACGGAGGGUGAGCCGAUUCAGGAAUUCUAUGCAGAUAGAAAAAAUACUGCAACAACAGUUAGUGGCACACAAGGAUUCCUGGCAGGUAGCAAGUUACUGUUGCCGCUCAUGGUGUGACUUAUGCAUCUUGUGAUCACCGUACUUUUCAUCUUUGUAUCUUAACACAGCAAAUAUUUUUGGCAAUCAGAUGUCAUUUAACAAGAAUUAUUAUUAUAGUUCAUGACUCAUGAGAGUUCCCAA